UUAAAAUUGAAAAAUAACCGUAUUAAAGGUACCGAAAUUUGUUUCCAAUAAAAAUUGCAGACAGAGCGUACGAAAAUGGCGAUGAUCAUGCAAAUGACACCCUUUAUCCCUAAUCUUCGAAAGGGACAAACUCAAAAUCUUAAUUUUCCAAACAAACAUUCAUCAAUACGGAGUUGUUGUUCUGUUGGCAGUUCAGACCUCGUUGUAUCUCAGAGACUUGUCCAACAGUUCAAUCCUAAGAUUCCCGUAGAAGAAGCUGUUACACCUCCAUCAUCAUGGUACACUCACCCCUCUUUCUUCCAUCUUGAGCUCGAUCGUGUCUUCUACAAAGGCUGGCAAGCUGUGGGAUCCACGGAGCAGAUAAAGAAUCCCGGUGAUUUUUUCACUGGAAGGCUAGGAGAUGUGGAAUUUGUGGUAUGUCGAGAUGACAGUGGGAAUGUCCACGCCUUCUACAACGUCUGUCGUCAUCAUGCCUCUAUCCUUGCUUCUGGAAGCGGACAAAAGUCCUGCUUUGUCUGUCCUUACCACGGCUGGACAUAUGGAUUAAAUGGAACUCUACUUAAGGCUACUAGGAUAUCAGGAAUGCGGGAUUUCAACGUAAAUGAGUUUGGUCUUAUACCAAUCAAAGUAGCUACCUGGGGGCCUUUUGUCCUUCUCAAUUUGAAAAAGGAGAAUCUUUCUGAGAAAGAAGUUGAUAGUCAUAAUGUAGCAAAGGAAUGGCUUGGUAGCUGUUCAGAAUUACUGAGUACCAAUGGAGUUGAUUCUUCGUUAAGUUAUUUAUGUAGACGCGAAUACACCAUUGAAUGCAAUUGGAAGGUAUUCUGUGAUAACUACUUAGAUGGUGGCUAUCAUGUGCCCUACGCGCAUAAAGGCCUAGCAUCUGGUCUUAAUCUCGAUUCCUAUUCUAUCACUUUGUUUGAAAAGGUUAGCAUCCAAAGUUGUGAAGGCAGCAGCUCAGAGAAAAGCAAAGAGAACUAUGAUAGACUUGGAAGAAAAGCUAUAUAUGCUUUUGUUUACCCAAACUUCAUGAUUAAUAGGUAUGGACCUUGGAUGGACACCAAUCUUGUCCUUCCACUAGGACCCAACAAAUGUCAAGUAGUUUUUGACUACUAUCUUGAACCCUCACUACAGGAUGACACAGGUUUCAUAGAGAAAAGUUUACAAGAUAGUGAGAAAGUGCAGAUAGAAGAUAUUUUGUUGUGUGAAGGUGUCCAAAAGGGCCUCCAAUCCCCAGCGUAUAGUGUGGGAAGAUAUGCUCCUAAAGUUGAGCAGGCCAUGCACCAUUUUCAUUGUCUGCUGCAUGAAAACCUGACAACAUGAAUCCCAUUGUUCAUUAUGGAUGAUAAAUUACCACAGCAAUCAGUAAGUUUUGCAACCCAUAUUGGCAAUGGGCGACUGUCUGAAUUUGAAAUUGAUGCAUGGUAUGACACUAUUCUAUCAUAAAGGAUUUUAUUUUUAAUCAAACAUCAUCUCUCGAAGUUGUUGUAUAUAUCCAGUAAUGCAGGCUUGUGUAAGUUGCAAUACUAGUAUAGUAGCUUUUAAGUAUCCAUUGCUGAACAAGGUAGUUAUUUGGAAAUCUGCUAUGGUGAGUCUUGCCGCUCCAGUUUCAAUUCUGGACACAUGAACUGGGGUUUGCCUCUGACAAAUCUCUCAAGGUACAUAGAAGGGCAAAUCUAUUUUCGUGUAAACCCCAACCUGCUGCUAGGACUUGAUAAUUAAACACACCCAAGAUUUAUCAAGCCAAAAUAUAUAUUCUUUUGUUAGAAAUCAUUUCAUUUUUUUCCUUUGCAUUUUAACGCCGACGCAAUAAAACACAUGUAUUUACAUGCAAUCACUUUUAUUUUCUUAAAUUAUUACCUA